AUGGGACUAGGACGAGGUAAAGGGGAUAAAGAUGGUCACUAUAUUCCAUCGCAAGACUCUCCUAUUAUUUGCUAUCGGUGUGGAGAGCAUGGACAUAUCUCAAGGACAUGUCCUAAUGCGAGACAGUUUGGGGUCAAGCCUGUUUAUGUCACCUGUCUUUCUUGUGGUGAGCAAGGGCACUAUGUUGCCUCAUGCACUCAGAGUUAUCAACCAGCGCAACCAACUAUACCUCGGGAUAGAAAUGAGCCGUUAUCAAUUGAGCCUCCACCCAAGAGACAAGCUACUACAGGGCGAGUCUACCUUUUAGAUAGUAAUAAACCUGAACCUUCACGACCUUCAAAGGGUCCUAAUUCCGGUAAGUACGCGCGCUAA